CAGACCCAAAAUUGAACUACGCCCCUAUUCACAAGUUUGAAUGGGCGAGGAUUUCUCAUCUUUCUCUGCUCCGCCGCGCAGGUACACCUGAAGAAGCACUUGCCUGCUAUGCAGGGACCAGCAAGGCUAGCACUUGCUAGAGGGUGGGACCUUAUGCCGUUCUGGCAGCUACGAGAUGAGUGGGAGCACUCUUUGACGUGACAGGCUGAUACCCAAACCCAUCGUCUUCACCGACUCCAACUCCUCCCCCUCCUGAAAUAGCUUGUUGGGCCCACAGCCGAGCUUGACGUGCCUCUACCAUGGACUCAAAGGCGCCCACCAUCGUGAACCCUCCUGCACGGCAAGCCGCUCGACUGCAACUACCCGCGAGCUGUGAUCCGCCACAAGCAGGCAGUCCGACAGAACAGAAAGUCUGGGUCGUCUUUGGCGGCACAGGCCACAUGGGCAGGUCCCUCGUGAAGGCUGCCCUGCUGCACAAGGACCUCGUCGUCAGCGUCGGGAGGUCCUUCGAAAAUGCCCAGCCCAACGCCCUACCGCAGCACGAGAACUGCCUCAACCUGCAGUGUGACGUCCGCGGCCGGGAGUCUGUGGCCCGUGUCUUCGAGCGUGUGCUCGACCGGUUCGGCCGCUACGACAUCGUGGUCAACUGCUCUGGGUACGGGGUCAUUGGCGCGUGCGAAGAUCAGGACGAACACGAAAUCCGAAACCAGUUCGAGACCAACUUCAUGGGCGCGCUGCACAUCAUCCAGUGCUCGCUGCCUUACUUCCGGGUGCGCGAGUCUGGGCGUUACCUCAUCUUCAGCUCGACGAGCGGAGCCCUCGGCGUGCCUGGCCUGGGCCCCUACUGCGCGACCAAGUAUGCGGUUGAGGGCCUCAUCGAGGCCAUGCUCUACGAAAUCUGCCCCUUCAACCUCAAGGCGACCCUCGUCGAGCCUGGCCUGGUCCGGCGCGACGAGCCUCUCGACUCCGGUACCAGCCAGCUGCCCACCUGGGGCCAUUUCCUGAUCAGGCCCGCCUCCGAAGCCUACAGCCACCCGACCUCCCCCGCCCUGCACGCCAAGCGCAUGGUCUCGUGGCUCAGUGACAAGCAGCCUACGAGCGCUGUCAAGUGCGCCGAGCUCGUCUGGCAGCUGGGCCACUGCUCCUACCCGCCCCUGCGCCUACUUCUCGGGAGCUACGCCAUCGAGAGUAUCCGCGACAGGCUGCGGAGCGUCACAGAAGAGCUGGAGGAUUGGAAAUACUUGAACUUCCCCGUGCCGCCGGGCGAGGAGGGGCCGAUGGCGGCUGCAGCGGCGUCUUCAUCAGAGGAGAAGAAGUACGACAGGGCGGACGACUCAAAGGACAGCGGCGAGGCACCGCCUGAUGAGGAGGGCGAGGCGUCUGGUACCCAGGAGGACACCAUCAUGGCUACUACUUAAGGUCACAGGCAGCCAGGUACGGUCCCAAGCAGGGUUAUUGACAUGGUCGCAUGAACAAGGUCAUCAUCACAAGAGGGAUAGAGCCGUCGCCGGCGCAUUGAUGAUAUACGUAUCAGGUAGGAGACAGAAACAAGCCAGGCUUGGUUCUACAACAGGAAGACUGACUUGGAAUGAAGUCCUUGUGUCGUCAGUAUUUAACAUCAGGGGUCGAGGAAACCGGAUGAUUGGAUUAUAAUUGCUCGGAUUUAGCUUCGAUCUACUACUACAUUUGCUCC